GUUAUAUCAAUGACAACGCACACAGCAACGCCGUUAGACAUUUUUCAGAAAGGCAGCGCAAAAGGAAGAAGAUAUUCUGAAUCUUUAAUGAUGCAGGAACACACCCAUUACUAUUGCAGACCUUCACUGUCUCCAGAUAUGAACGUCGGGAAUGAAUAUAAACCUACAGGUGGCUUCGGUGACUGCAACGAAGGAAGACGGAUUUGUGAUGUCUCCAGACCAAACUCGUCUGCGGCUAUCGCGCUAGAACUGAAUGGGCAGACGCCACAAAAACAUAGUCUCUACGAGGAUCCGUCAAUAUGGAACAGGACCGACUAUGAAUCCAGCAUUAACUUGCUGUCAAACCAAACCAACAAUCAGAGACAGUAUUUAAAGAUACAACAGGAAAAAUAUGCAAGGAACAAAGCACUCAUUGAACACUUGAAGAACUUGCUCCAGAAAGAGGCAGACGACUGUACGAGAAAGAAAACUGAAAUCGCAUGUUUAUCGAACGAGCGCGAAAAGUGUGCAAAACAGAUCAAUCUUCACGCGGCGUUAUGCUCCAAAAGCAAAGACAGAUUCUUGAUGGAAGAGGCACUCAACAGGGAACUAAAGAAAAAGAAAACGAUGCUCGUGCUUGAAAAUAAAGCGAAGAAGCAAGGAACAAAUCAUGGUGUUACAGGCGAUGUUAACGUGUCCAAACGUCUAACCGAGCGAGAGCAGGACAAAAUAGUGCGUCUGCAGCAGAAGGGACGCUUGACCAAUGACUCUGCUGAUAUCCCAGACCAAAAUUUUCAGUUAAACACAGAAAAGAGAAAUAGAAUAAAUCUUCCACACAUCAAAAGCAGAAAUGGUCAUUUAGAAGAUGAUGCUAUUGCCGAGAAAUCGUCUAAACGUGUAGCAGUCGUUUUGCCCGAUAUCAACAAAAGAGAAACAAAAUCGAUAGGCCACAAGAUUGAUCAGUGUCAAGGCCAUGCAACUUCCACUACAACUAAGAACUACGUGAAAAAGGUUGGCUUACAAAAAGGACAUGCGCCUCAGCCACCUACAGGCAUUACAAAAAACGCAAAGAGAUACCAUAGAAAAUAUAAAGUCGAUAAAUAGUGACUUUAAUUCUUAUCAAUUUCAUUCUUAUUUCGUAUUUUGAUCUUUUAUAUAUUCACAAAAAAACAAUGAUUGUUAUAGAGAA